AUGUGCGACGCGUGUGGUUGCCAAGCAACGCGUCACUGUCCCAAGAUGGCGCAGCUGACGUCAUCGGACGGUGGCGCGGAGUGUAGGGGGAGGAGGCAAGGUCUCACAGCCGUCCGACGACCGUGUCACUUCCCAGUGAAAAAGAGACUUGAGAACCCGAAUCAAGUGUCGUCCUUGAAUUUUGCGGAAGGUAAAGUACAAGGUGAAGCUCAGAGGAACGAGAACCCUAGUUACCGAACUGUUUUAAUGAGGUACUGUACCAAAUCAAAGUAUUUCAGUACUAAGGAGUUGAGCAUCGUGUAUUCAAAAGUUAAGCAAAAUGUGGUGAUUUGA